AUGAAGGCCUCUGUUGCUCUCUCCGCCCUCACCAUGGCUGUCAUUGCCAUUGCCGCUCCAGCUGAUAUUGAGGCUCGCGGUGGCAUCAGCAGCUGCCAACGCGGGAAGAAGUGCUGCUGCGAUGUCGAUGGGAAUCUCAACUUUCUCAACUGUGUUUCGGUGCUUUGA